AUGGCUGACUAUAUAAAGCAGGUUACUGUUACUGGCGAUGUAUCAACCAUCGUUAAUGAUCUGAAGAAUACCAACGAUGGGAGACUGGUUUUAUUUAGCGUGGAAAAUAAGGGAGAACAGAGCACAGGCGAAAGGUGGAACAAAAAUAGGGGUACGGAGGGUAAAAAGAUAGCUGAGAAGAAAGACAGCGGAAAGAUGGGGAAAAGUAGUGGAAACGGCUUGGCUAAUGCUUUGGUUUCCUAUGUUGCUACUGCUGCUGCUGCUGCUGAGUUUCAUGCCAACAACACCUACAGUGAUAUUAUCAAAUAA